AUGGGCUCUUCUUUUUACCGAGUUCUCCUAUGGGUUGGCUUCACUGCUCCAAUCUUCUGCAUGUCCUUAUCCAAUUCCAAUCCCGGCAACAGAGAGUCCCCCCGCCCUCCCUCCAUGAAGAGCAACCCAGCCUCUAAGGUGUCUCCCAGCAACACCAUGUUCGCCUUCUCCCUGUACCGGAGAUUGGUUCAGGAAAGCCCAGGUCAGAAUGUCCUCUUUUCUCCUGUGAGUAUCUCUACCUCCCUGGCCAUGCUGUCCCUGGGGGCCCGCUCAACCACCAAGAUGCAGAUCCUCCGCAGUCUUGGCUUCGAUCUCAUGGGCAUGCCAGAGCCCACCAUCCAUCUGGGCUUCGAAUACCUGGUCCACUCACUGAAUGCAUGCCACAAAGACCGGGACUUGCGGAUGGGAAGUGUUCUCUUCAUCAGGAAGGAGCUGCAGCUGCAGGCCAAUUUUCUGGACCGGGUCAAGAAGCUUUAUGGGACAAAAGUCUUUUCUGAAGACUUCUCAAACGCUGUCACUGCCCAGGCACGGAUCAACAGCUAUGUGGAGAAGGAGACCAAAGGGAAGGUGGUGGAUGUAAUCCAAGACCUUGACUCUCAGACAGCCAUGGUCCUGGUGAACCAUAUCUUCUUUAAAGCCAACUGGACACAGCCCUUCAGUGCUGCAAACACCAUCAAGAGCUUCCCGUUCCUUCUGAGUGAGGGCACCACUGUGCACGUUCCCAUGAUGCAACAGACAGAGCUGUUUGCUUUUGGAGUGGACAGAGAGCUGGGCUGCGCUGUGCUACAGAUGGACUACAGGGGGGAUGCUGUGGCCUUCUUCGUCCUCCCUGGCAAGGGCAAGAUGCGGGAGCUGGAGAAGAGCCUGUCAGCCAGGAGGCUGAGAAAGUGGAGCCGCUCACUCCAGAAGAGGUGGAUCAAAGUGUUCAUCCCCAAAUUUUCCAUUUCUGCUUCCUACAACCUGGAAACUAUCCUCCCCAAAAUGGGGAUCCGCGAUGCCUUUGACGCAAAUGCUGACUUUUCCGGAAUUACAAAGACGCGCUUUCUGCAGGUCUCUAAAGUUGCUCACAAGGCUGUGCUGGACGUCAGUGAAGAGGGGACAGAAGCCGCGGCAGCCACCACCACCAAGCUUAUAGUCCGCUCAAGAGACACCCCUUCUUCGGUCAUCUCCUUCAACGAGCCCUUCCUGAUACUGCUUUCAGAUAAAAGUACAGAAUCUCUUCUCUUUCUAGGGAAAGUGGAAAAUCCCACGAAGAUGUAG